AUGGAAGAGGAUUACUAUGCAAUUCUCGAUUGCGUAAAGCGAGAUGGAGACGUCUACCAGUGUCCCACUCUCUACCUGCGGCGGCUUUCCGAGGAUCAGUACGCGAGGCUGAGGCCCAAGUCGCAGCACUUUAUGCCUCCCCCGUCCACUCCGCUUCUGCCACAGGACGGCUAUCGCUCGGUGUACGUCAGGCAACAGCCAGUGUACUUUUACCUUCCGCAGUUUAGGCUUUCUCCUUUCAAUGUGGAAUCAAUUCUCGGCUCCUCCGAUGGCGUUCAGUACCGACUGCUCGACAAACAUCCCGCGCAGAACUGGAAUUCGGCCACCAUGACUCUCAAGGUGCAAUACUCUCGUAAGCUGCAGGCCAUGGGAAUCUUUAGAUUUCAGAGCGUCGAUAAGGCGGAUGACAAGGUGGAUGUUGUAGUCGGCUUGCGUCGUUUGAACCCUAUGGAAUGGGAGGGAUGGUGUUUCCAACUAUCGUAUCGCGACGUCUCCCUUGAACACACCUUUCAUCAAGUCAACAACCGAAUAGAAAAAAUUACGUCCGGAUCAAAUAACAGCGAAAUUACAUCAAAAGCUCUUCGUGAUUCGCUUGGGGAAGACUCUUCAUUGACGAGCAGCGCGACAGUCGAGGGCGUCCAGCUUCAAGGACGUCUCUACAUUUCCAUCCAGGUGACACAGACAGCCGAGAUUCUAACUGAGAAACGGGUAUCUAUAAAAUCAAAUGGGUCCAUGCCACUGCUUAAAUUCAACCGAAUACUGAACUCCGCCUUUCUCGACUCGGGAGUGAGGGCGAUGACGGAGAUAUACCAUCUGGCUUCGAGCUUACCGUUUGCACCCGACGAAAACACUCCCUUCAUGCGGAUGGUACAGCCUGUUCGGUCGAGCUUGUUAGCAGACGGAGUCCGCGGCGAUUUUCUGAAGCCCAUCCGCGAAUUCGUGAAAUUUGUCAGGCAUGAAAAACCGGCAAAAGAGUUGAGCCUCGCAGACCACCUGGCCUUGGCCUUGUUUGCUGGUGAUGAAAAACAAGCCGAGGUACUUUUGAAUUAUAAAACGAUAAAUCUCGAGGCUCCAACCGCUGAUGAACACGGGCUCGCACCGCUUCACUGGGCCGUCGUGGGUGGCUCCGCCAGCUGCAUCAGGCUACUCCUUAAGAAGAGAGUCAAUACCAAGAGGUUGACAAAGCGAGGCCUGUCGGCGAUUCACGUCGCCGUGCUCUGCUACAAUAAGGUCUGGGGUGAUUUGGCCAGGCUCCAGGGUCCGCUGGAGCGCGAACGGCUUGCGGGCGCAAGGACGGAACACUUUUCCGAGACGCCAUUGCACUUGGCCGCAGCUUUCACCCCCGACAACGAGCCUGGUAUCGCAUUCUUCAAGGAGCUGAUGGACUGGAGCCUCGAUUAUACCGGAUUGACGCCUAGAAAUCUGUUUGACGAAACUCCGCUUCACCGUGCUGCCGCCGGAGACUGCGUAGGCGCCAUUCAGGCUCUCGCUUACCACCGCUUUGUGGACAAUGGAGAUCAGUAUGGCCGGACUCCUCUGUGGCACGCGGCUGCCGCAGGCGCCCGCCAUGCCAUUACGGCUCUAAUUCGUUUGGGUGCAUCUGUUAAUUUGACGGAUGAUUUUGGAAGGAGUCCAUUACAUGCAGCUUCCAGGGGAGGACACUAUGAAGCCGUCUCCCUGCUUCUUCAGCAAGGCGCAAGGACAGACACGGAGACUAGUGUCCUCAACCUGUUACCGAUGGAUCUUGCCGCCAUGUUUGGAUUCACCGAGUGCUUGAGGCGCCUUCUUGACCCGGACUGGCGAAAAGUCACCCAGGCCAAUCUCGACAGAUCACUUCAAAUAGCGGCCUCGUUUGGGUGGUAUGAAUGUGUCGAUUUGCUUUGCCAGCAUGGUAAUGCCAACCCAUUCGUGACUUUUGAGAACUACCUGCAGCCCAAGGAUGGCCAUGCUGUUAUCGUCAAGGAGGAGGCGGACGCUUAUGCCGCUGCGCUUGCAGAGCGGCAGUUGCACAUUGUUUACUUUUUCAAUACCUCCGAUAAGUGUAAACACCACCGACAACUCAGGUAUCCUCCGGCAGACAACGCUACCGACAAACCGCCACCGCUGCCAUCGUUCUAUCCCCCUGCCGGCGCUGCGCCUCCAUCCAGCAUGCCUCGGCCUGCAACAGAAUCAGCACCGGCUAUUAUGCCAGGAAGCGGACAACAGUAUCAGUAUGCGCCCCGACCAGUGGCAGAAUCAGCGCCGGCUUUUGUACCAGGAAACACACAACAGCAAUAUCAGUACGGGCCUCAGCCUGCGGCAGGAUCGGCACCAGCUGCUACACCAGGAAGUGGACAAUAUCAGUCUGCGCCCCGACCUUCAGCGGAAUCCGCGCCGGCUUUUGUACCAGGAAAAACACAACAACAAUAUCAGUAUGCGCCCCGACCUGCAGGGGAAUCUGCGCCGGCCAUGCCAGGAAGCGCACAAUAUCAAUACCCGCCCCGGCCUCCAGUGGAAUCGGCGCCGGCCGUUGUUCCAAUUACCGCACCGCAGUAUCAGCAAACGCCUAUCUACAACAGCACGCCUUCUUACAGCAGCCCGGCCUAUGUGAGCACGCCAUAUUCCCGCCAUGAAAGUGCCCCUUCAUCCUCGGCACCUCUGCAAGCCCCUGGGAAAUAUCAGUCUCCCGGUCGAUAUCAAUCCGCCGCCAACUUGCCUGCCCGGCCAAGCUCCAACACUUACCCUGUCAUGCCGCCCUCCCAAUCCCAACGCCUCCAAGAGAUGGUGAACCCAUACGAGCCCUACCAGCCCCAAGUUUCAGGCCAGAUACGUCCGGCAACCUAUGCGUAUUCAUCAGCUCCAGCAGCAGCGGACACUGCCGGCCAGGGCUCGAGCGCCACUGCUCGGUUCACAUCGGCCCCAGCGUACACGUCGCCUUACCAGACUUCGGAAGCCGUUGGACUGCCCCCCUCUUUGCCCCGUCAGCAACAUCCUCUGACAUCGGUGGUGAACGUCGUGGGCACAGUGACUUCGCCAUCGCCGCCACCGGAGGAGAGUCUUGUGAAGAGAGAUUCUAAAGUAGAGUCGAGUGGGAUAAUGGACAUGCUCAAGGGGAGAAGGCAAUGA